AUGGGAAGACCUCCUUGCUGUGACAGCGCCGGCAUCAAGAAGGGGCCGUGGACGCCAGAGGAGGACAUCAUCUUGAUAUCCUACAUCCAAGAGCGUGGCCCAGGCAACUGGAGAUCAGUGCCCACCAACACCGGUACUCUCUAUCUAUCUUUACCUCUGUCUCUCUCUGUCUAUCUCUCUCUCUCUCUCUCUCUCAUCUCAGAGGGGCGCCUUGUUUAUUCUGUGAUGGACAAGGGCUGAUGAGGUGCAGCAAGAGCUGCAGGCUGAGGUGGACGAACUACCUCAGGCCAGGGAUCAGGAGAGGGAACUUCACCCCACAGGAGGAAGCUGUAAUAAUCCAGCUCCAGGGCUUGCUGGGCAACAGGUGAUGACCGUCCGAUUCAUCUAAGAUUUCGUCAGGUUCCUUCUUUCCUGCAAGAACAAGUCCCCGUUUUGCUAUCUUUUGAGUACAAAACCGCUCCUUUGCCUGAUUAUCUCGACAUCAUCUUCCUGGGUUCUUCUGGUCGCCGUUUCAGGUGGGCGGUCAUAGCUUCGUACCUCCCUCAGAGAACCGACAACGACAUCAAGAACUACUGGAACACCCACCUGAAGAAGAAGCUCAAGCAGCUCCACGCAUCAGUGGCGGCGCCGUCGCCGUCGGGUCCCACCUCCAAUCUCCCCCUCCCUCUGCCGGGGAUCAACCAUGGCGGCGCUGCCGACUACGCGUCGAGCACCGAUAACAUCUCCAGGCUCCUAGAAGGGUGGAUGAAUUCCUGCAAACCCAGGCUCACAACGGAGUGCAAGCGGCUCGCCGGAGAAGACGGCGGCGCCGCCGGGUUCGAGCGCUCUACGGACAACCUCUCCGCCGGGUUUUUAGACGGGCAACAGGCUCAGCUGCCGCUAUCUCUGUUGGAGAGUUGGCUGCUGGAGGAGACGGCGGCGAAGCAGGUGGAGGAGUUAAUGGAGAACUCCCCCGACGCUUGGCCCAGGCCACUGUUCUGA